CAAAAACAUUUCGAUAUGGCAGCAAGUUAUCAAAGUAAAAAAGUUAGACUUUUAAAACAAUUGAAAUUAAUAAUGGCCAAACAGUACCUCGCUGCCUUUUUGGUGGCAUUUUUCUGCGUCACAGCUUUUGCUGCGCCCUACGCAGAGCAAACUGAGGUGACCGGCAGAGCGGUUGCACCCGACGGUAACGACUAUCGUUUGCCAACGAAUAUACUUCCAUGGAAUUACAAGAUCAAGCUUACGCCGUAUCUACUGGAAAGUGAUGGCAAUAAACGAUUCACUUUCGAUGGUGAAGUUACCAUUCAAAUCAAUUCAACCAUCAAUACAAAAACAUUGAUUAUGCAUACGAAAAACUUAAAUUAUACAACUAGAGAAUUAUGGUCUGAAGACGCACCCGACAACAAGACUAGCUUGGGCGCGGGCACGUUAAAUGCAGUCACUGACAAAAUCCAAUACGAUUUGACGACAGAAUUGGUAGCGAAUAAAACAUAUUUCUUGCAUUUCGUCUAUACUGGCACCAUGGAUGAUGACAUGUCUGGUUUCUACCGGAGCUCCUAUGUGGAUUCUUCGAAUAAUACAAAAUGGAUUGGUUCUACGCAAUUCGAAACGACUGAUGCACGCCGCGCCUUCCCCUCAUUCGACGAACCAAAAUUCAAGGCUACCUUCGACAUGACAAUUAGACGUCCAGCAUCCAUGAACUCUUUUGGCAACACUCGCAUUUCCAACAAAAUCACUGACGGCAAUUAUGUGGAGGAUGUGUACGUGCAAACACCACGUAUGUCCACUUAUAUUCUCGCUUUCAUUGUAUCCGAGUUUGCGGAACGCAGUAACACUAAUUUCGGUGUAAUUGCACGACCUGAGUAUUACGAUCAGACUGAAUAUAGUUAUACUGUUGGUCAACAACUUUUAGCCGCUCUCAACAGCUACUUUGGCAUUAAUUAUUACGAAAUGGGUAAUGAUAAAAUGCAUAUGGCUGCAAUUCCUGACUUCUCUGCCGGUGCAAUGGAAAACUGGGGUCUCUUAACAUACAGAGAACGUACCUUGCUGUACGAUCAAGAAUCGACAACGCUCAGUGCCAAGCAAUCGAUUGCCACUGUGGUGGCACACGAACAGACCCAUAUGUGGUUCGGUGAUUUGGUUACUUGCGAUUGGUGGAGUUAUACAUGGUUGAAUGAGGGUUUUGCACGCUAUUUCCAAUACUUCGGUACAGCUAUGGUUGAAACAGAAUUGGGGCUAGAUCAACAGUUUGUUGUCGAUCAAGUACAAGUUGUAAUGAGUAUGGACUCAACCAAUAACACGAAUCCGAUGAGUGAGAAACAUACCCCAAGUGAUCUUUCCCGCAUGUUCAUAGUAUUUUCCUACAAUAAGGGCGGCAGUAUUAUACGCAUGGUCAAGCAUGCUAUCGGCGAGGAAAACUUCAGGAGAUCGCUAAACGAUUAUCUAAACCAAAGUAUGUAGCUAUGUAUAUAUCAAUACACUAACACCAUUCCAGCUAAUCUGCUAACCAUCUGGCAACAAUACUGGCCGGAGCAGACUAGAAGUUUUGCUGAAAACGUAUUUAACAGCUUUACGCAACAAGUCGGUUAUCCGCUCAUCACUGUCGAAUUGUCUGCUGACAGAAGGUUUCACCGUUAAGCAGAGCGUUUCCUGCUCAAAGAUCGUGAUACUGCCAACAGAAUUGCUCUACACUGUCCCAUCUCAUAUACAACUAGCGAUGCGAAAGAUUUCAUAAAUACAACUCCCAAAUUUUACCUGGAGGCAUAAACCCCAGUCACAUUUGACUUAACAAACAGCAUCGAAUGGAUCAUACUAAAUAUACAGGAGUCUGGCUAUUAUCGCGUCAACUACGAUGACAGUACUUGGGAUGCCAUACAUCAGGCAUUGCACUCUGCUAACUGGGGUAGCAUUCACGAACUCAAUCGUGCUCAAAUAGUCGAUGAUUUGCUCAACUUGGCGCGUGCUGAUAUCUUGAAAUACGACAAAGCAUUGGAAGUGCUCGAGUAUUUGGAGAGUGAAACAAAUUACCUUCCUUGGACUUCGGCCUUUAAUGGUUUCUCAUACAUAAAUAUUCGCCUUGGUAGCGAUACUAAACAAUUUUCCGAAUACAUACUUGAACUAACGAAAACGGUAUAUGACAAGCUUGGCUUUGUGGAGAGUACCUCUAACAGUGCCUUGGAUAUCUAUACUCGUGCUAAAGUGCUAUCGUGGUCCUGCAAGUUCGGCAAUGAAGAGUGUAUUAGCAAAUCAAAAGAAUAUUUUGCAAAAAUUAAUACAACUCCAGUGCCUGUGAAUAUCCGUUCGGUUGUAUACUGUAAUGCUUUGCGUUACGGCAAUGAAAGCGAUUACGAUACAUUGUUCAACAAAUUUUUGACAAGUAACUCAGCGACUGAACAAACCCUGAUACUCAGUACAUUGGGUUGUGUUAAAGAUGAAACCCUGAUUCAGAAAUAUUUCAACGCCAUUCUGAGUGACGAUAUUCGCCGUCAGGAUAAAUCGAGUGCACUGUCCAGUCUAUACACCGAAAAUAAUGAGAAUGUCGGUCCAGUUUUCAAAUUGGUCACGGAAAACUAUGAAAAACUGGCGGAUGCAAUGGGUAGCUACUCUUCCGUUGCCACUGUAAUCUCUAAUAUUGCCUCUCGUUUUACCACCGAGAGUGAAAAACAGAGCCUGAAGGCUUUCAACGAUCAGAACAAGGAUAAAUUUGGCAGCGCCCAGUCCAGACUUGUGUCAGCUGAAAACACAGUGGAAGAGAAUUUAGUAUGGGCCACAAAUAAGUUGGGACAAUUUAGGACCUAUUUAAAUAACCGCAACGGCGCUGCAACCAACACAAUUGCCAUUCUGACCAUGCUUGUAUGUGCUCUCGUUGGUCGCUUCCUGCAGUAAGUUUGGUUCCUGCUUCCUGGUUGUACAUACUUACACGUAGUUGCGUACAGUAGUUCUAACAAUUAGAUUAAAUCUAGAUAAAAAUACGUUCUUUUUAGUUUGUUUGUAAAUACAUUUGUAUAUAUGUAAGUAUGGAGUAAAAUUUGAAAUGUCAUUAAGCCAAUUUCUUGUGAAUAAAACGAAUAUGAGCUUUAUAACAAUCGAAA